ACUGGUUCGAGUUCAGACUCGGUCGCCGACUUGCUGUGGAUGGAUGAAUUAUAUAAUAGGAUCUUCUUUAUAGGGUCGUUACGAAGAGUCGGUGUCGUACACUUGCACAGUGUAGGCGCUCAGUGUAUCAUUAUCACUAAUAAGAAUAUUAUCUCUUGGCAAAGGCCUGACGGGAAGAAAGGAAGCUGGUCCCUCCAGCUUUGCUUAAAAUCCUCUGUCUCCAGCUGGGCCUAUAACAGUGCUAAAGGGUUCACAGUACAUCUCUGUGUUUGGGGGCAAAUGACAACCCGUUAUGCUUUGGUUUGUUCAUCUAUAAAACGGGAGUAUAAAUUACACCCGCCUUGGUGGAUUGUUGUGAGAGUUAAAUGAAUUUUAAAUCUCGGAGCUCGCACCGUGCCUUGCACAUUAUAAUUAGUGCUCCAUAAAUCGAGACUGCUAUCCGGGCUAACCUAGUGGCCCAGGUCUGUAAUCCCAGCCCUCUGGGAGGCUGACAGGAGAAAGGCGAGUUGGAGGGGGGGGGGGGUCGUGUUGAGGAUGUAGCUCAGCGCGAAGGCUUUGGGUUCAGUUCCCAGUGGGAAGGGAAGACUGCUAAAGUAGUCAUUCUGCCUCCCCACUUCUCCCCAUCCUUUGGUUUUCUUCUUCUUGUGCCUCAUCGCCUAGCUCACCCUCGAGGUGCCAGGGCCUUGGAUACCAAGAUAAAGCGUGGGCACUACCUGGCCAAGCAGGCCCUGGUAGACAAGCGGGGUGGUGGUGGUGCUGCGCUGCUUUGGGUCAGCAGAGCCCAAGGAGGCUGACCCCACCCGCACCCCACUGACUGCGCCCCUUAGGCAGCCCUCUUUGGCUUCGCCCAGGGCGACUGGUUGGAUUUGCUAUAGUUUCCACCGCCCUUCAUCAAGCCCCGCCCCUCCCCGCCCCCUUCGCCUGCUGAGUGCUCUUGCCGGGUAGGGGGAGGCUUUGUGCUUGGGGGCCAGCCCCCACCUGACCAAGCAUUUCCCUGUCCGCUGCAGCAGGGGUGCUGUUCCCCAAGUUCGGGACACGGGCAAUGAGUGAGGACCCUAAGGACACUCCCUCGCUUGGAGUUCUCUGGCUUCCAGCUAGGAGUCUGGGCAGUGCCUUGGCCAAGGAUGAACAGGUUAGAGUUCUCCAUGUUCCCUGCCUUUGGCUCUCUGAGGCGCUGACAGUUAGCCUAUCUCUGCGUGCGACCUUUCCAUGGCCACCUGGCCCCCAUCCACCCUGGGCAGUGUCUCCUCACUAUGUGAUGGGGGGGGGGGGCAGGGUGCAGAGUGGAUUCAAGGGCCAAUGGCUAUCAGGUGAGAGUUCAUAGGGGUUGGGGCCACAGAUCCCCCUGCUUGUAUGUUCAUAAGGGUCUGUGGUGUGUGAACCAUAAUAAAAGGAUUUAGCUCGUCUACUGAGUCAUCUCCCUACAGACUUUCACACUGCUCACUGGACGAUCCCACAAGCCUGGGGAGGCAGUGCUCAGCAGUGGUUAAGGACAGAGGUUGGGGGAGUCAGACAGACCUGGGUUUCAGUAUUAGUUCUUACUAACUAGGAGACCUUGGGCGAUUUAUUUAAACCCUUGAAACUCAAUUUAAUCACCUUUAAAAUGAUGGGAUUUCACAGAAUUGAUGAGAAAUUCCAGUGGGACAAUUCAGGUGACGUACCUGUGCUCAGCUGCUAAGUGGCUACAGUCACAGUGUGUGCCUCCUAGUGCUGUGGUGGAGAUUAGAUGAAUGAAUGCAUAUGCAUUGCUCAGAGUCAUGCCUGGUGUACAGCAUGAGCAUUAGUAUUUACAUUACCAGAAUGCUUAAAUAAAUGGAAGGGGUUAAUACAAGAAAAAUGGCUUCCUCUUCUGCAGGCUUGGAAUGGGAAAAUUGUACACCAGGUACAAGGCAGGGUGGACUUCAGCUAUUCGAAUUGUGUUAUUGAGGACUCAGUGUGGGAAGGCUUCAUGGUGGAGGAGGCUAUUGGAGUUGGUGAAGUGGGUCCUGCCAGGCUGAGGGGAAGGAUAGGUGGCCUGGGUGAAGAAGCCAUGCUAGAGGGGUUGUCCAGUAUGGUGCCACACCUCCAGUUUUCAGGAUUGAUUUCCAUCUGGAAACAUCCAGCUGAAUGUUCCCAUUUUACAGAUGCAAUAACAGGCUCCGAGAGCAUCAGUGAGAUUUCAGGGCCCCUGAUAACUCUGAAGCUUGGGAUGUUCUCUGUGAACUCCCGGGAUGCUCCUUGGCCCCAGCAAGUCCCCUGAGCACCCCUGACAUUUGGGAAUCCCUAGAAGAGGGGUGACUUGUCUCCUAGGAGCAGAAGUGGUCCCUCCCUCAUCUUUAGGUCAUCUGUCUGGGGUCCCUCAGAGCCUCUCCCAGGCAUAGGGCUCCCAUUGUUCCAGCCCCCCCACCUUGUACCCCAGACUGGCCAAACCGGUUCUGGGAAGGGGGUGGGGAGCAGGCACGUUGAGACAGCAGCCUGCCUCUCUGCGAGGUUCCCUCCGCCUUUGCCUCCCCUCCCCGCCCCACACAAUACCCCGGAGCUUUUGCUGCCCAGCUCCGGGGCCAUGCUGACAUCGCCCCCUGAGGACUUGGCUGCAGCCCCAGAGCCCCCAGGGUGGCCUGGAGCCCUGGACUGUGCCUGAAGCGGGACGGAGCUCCCUGGCUGAGGCCCAGGUGGGUGGCACAGCAAAGGAGGAAUGGACUGUGGGCCACCUUCGACCCUCCAGCCCCACCUGGCCAGGCCGUCUGGCGCUGCUCCCCGCCCAGUAGCCGUGUGCCAGCAGGAAAGCCUGUCCUUUGUGGAGCUGCCCACCCUACAGCCUCUGAGUCCCUUGUGUCUGGACCUUUUCCCUGUUGCCCCAGAGGAGCUAAGGGCUCCUGGGAGCCGCUGGUCCCUAGGGACCCCUGCCCUGCUUCAAGGGCUGCUAUGGCCCCCAUCCCCAGCAGGCUCAGAUAUGGAGAUCUCCACCAGCACAGGGAUGCGUCCCAGCAGGGCUGGCAGCUGGCCCCACUGUCCUGGAGCCCAGCCCCCAGCUCUGGAGGGACCCUGGCAUUCUCCGAACAUGCAGCCGCAGCGCCGGGCCAGCCAUGGCUCAGAGAAGAAGUCGGCCUGGCGCAAGAUGAGGGUGUACCAGCUCGAAGAGGCCACUGGCAGCCCUGAGGCCCAUGCUGUCUUCCUGGAGCCCCGCCGGGCAGCACAGCAGCCAGCCCUGCACACAGAGGAGCCCAGGCCUGUGGAGCUGUCUGGGACCCCUAGAGUGGGCUUUGAGGGCCCUGAGCGGAGGCGCUUCUCUGCCUCUGAGCUAAUGACCCGGCUGCACUCUUCCCUGCGCCUGGGACGGAGCUCUGCCACCAGGGCCCUUGCCUCUGGGGCAGGCACCGGAGCCGGCCCGGAAGGCAAAGCAUCUGGAAGGGAGUCUCGAACCGUAGAGGUGAGGGUGGACAGUGUAGCCGGGUCAGCACUUGUUGACCAGAGCGAGGGCCAUGGCGACUGGCCAGAUCCCAGGCGGGACGCGCAGGAAGAGCUGCCUCCGGAUCCUAAGUGCGACCAUGAGCGGCGGCAAUCACGAUUCCUCCUUAACUCCGUCCUAUACCAGGAGUACAGCGACGUGGCCAGCGCCCGCGAGUUGAGGCGGCAGCAGCGGGAGGAGGAGGCCCCCGGGGACGAGGCGGAGGGCGCGGAGGAGGGGCCCGGGCCGCCACGAGCCAACCUCUCCCCGAGCAGCUCCUUCCGGGCACAGCGCGCUGCGCGCGGCUCCACCUUCUCGCUGUGGCAGGACAUCCCCGACGUGCGCGGCAGCGGGGUCCUGGCCACGCUCAGCCUGCGCGACUGCAAGCUGCAGGAGGCCAAGUUUGAGCUGAUCACCUCCGAGGCCUCCUACAUCCACAGCCUGUCGGUGGCUGUGGGCCACUUCUUGGGUUCUACUGAGCUAAGCGAGUGUCUGGGGGCGCAGGACAAGCAGUGGUUAUUUUCCAAACUGCCUGAGGUUAAGAGCACCAGUGAGGGGUUCCUGCAGGACCUGGAGCAACGUCUGGAAGCAGAUGUGCUGCACUUCAGCGUCUGCGACGUGGUCCUGCGCCACUGCCCGGCCUUCCGCCGCGUCUACCUGCCCUACGUCACCAACCAGGCCUACCAGGAGCGCACCUACCAGCGCCUGCUCCUGGAGAACCCCAAGUUCCCUGGCAUCCUGGCCCGCCUAGAGGAGUCUCCCAUGUGCCAGCGGCUGCCCCUCACCUCCUUCCUCAUCUUGCCCUUUCAGAGGAUCACCCGCCUCAAGAUGCUGGUGGAGAACAUCCUGAAGCGGACAACACAGGGCUCCCAGGACGAAGACAUGGCCACCAAGGCCUUCAAUGUGCUCAAGGAGCUGGUGCAGGAGUGCAACGCCAGCGUACAGUCCAUGAAGAGGACCGAGGAGCUCAUCCACCUGAGCAAGAAGAUCCACUUUGAGGGCAAGAUCUUCCCGCUGAUCUCUCAGGCCCGCUGGCUAGUCCGGCAUGGGGAGCUGGUGGAGCUGGCACCACUGCCCACGGCGCCACCUGCCAAGCUGAAGCUGUCCAGCAAAGCAGUCUACCUGCACCUCUUCAAUGACUGCUUGCUGCUGUCCCGGCGGAAGGAGCUGGGGAAGUUUGCCGUCUUCAUCCACGCCAAAAUGGCGGAGCUGCAGGUGCGGGACCUGAGCCUGAAGCUGCAGGGCAUCCCUGGCCACGUGUUUCUCCUGCAGCUGCUCCCCAGGCAGCACACCAAGCACCAGUUCCUGCUGAGGGCCCGCACGGAAAGUGAGAAGCAGCGAUGGAUCUCAGCCCUGUGCCCUUCCAGCGCCCGGGAGGACAAGGAGGUCAUCAGUGAGGGGGAAGACCACCCCCAGGUUCAGUGUGUCAGGACAUACAAGGCCCUGCAACCCGACGAGCUGACUCUGGAGAAGACAGACAUCCUGGCAGUGAGGACACGGACCAGUGACGGCUGGCUCCAGGGGGUCCGCCUGGCUGAUGGUGAGAAGGGCUGGGUGCCCCAGGCCUACGUGGAAGAGAUCAGCAGCCUCAGCGCCCGCCUCCGAAACCUCCGGGAGAUCAAGCGGGUCACGAGUGCUGCCAGCAAGCUGGGGGAGCCACCUGCAUGAUGGGCUGUGCAACCGGGGUGCCCGCUCUCUGCCUGGCUGCCCAAAAACUGUGCAGUUGUGGCAUCACCAUGCACAGGCUGCCACUGCUGACCUCUCUAUCUGUGGCCCCGGCAUCAAGGGCACAGGCCAGGUGCAGGAGCUGGAGCCCCAAAGGGUCCCUGUCCUCUGGGCUCUUCAGUGUCCAUGCUGGAGGGCUGUGGACAGCUUCUUCCUCUGGCUUGGGGUCCACAACAGGUGUCCAGUGGGACCUGACCAGGCCCAGAUUUCUCUUCCUCCUGUGCCUCCACCCUGCCGAUUCUUGGUCCCCGUGCAAGGCUGUGACGGGACGCUCGGGGCUGAGGGGUGCUGGGACCUUCGCAUCUCGAGUCUUCCUCUCCAGCUCCUCCCUGCCCUGGCCCUGGAAGCCUGGCUCUGUGACUUAACAAACUCCCCUCCUGCCUUGCUUGGAGCUGUGGCUCAGCCCCUCCCCAGCCCCUGCCCCCCAACCAGGAGGAUCUCCACCUGCCGCCCCUGGAACUGGCCUUUUCCAGAAUUCUCUUCACCCCAAGAGUGACCAGGGGAUGGAGGGGCUGUGUAGCAGGCCACUUUCAGCUGCAAGUAACACCGUAUCAACUAUUAAAGAGAUGUUAGUUCUGGCA